AAAUGACGUGUCCGCCGUGUUGUGCUGCUCGGAGUGUGUCAGAUUCAGACUGAGAUGUCAUCAGUGCCCUGCAGCCAGCGACCUGGCAUCUACUCUGCGGCUCAGAUGUUUCCAGUAUAGACACUAUUGUGCUCAUUGAUGAAAUAUGGCAUCUUGUGAGACUGAAGAAGCACCAAACAAAUCAAUCCACCAUGACUUGGAGAAACCAGCUGAGGCCCCUGUAAAUUCUGAUCUUCCAUUUUAUGUCUGUGAGUUUGUUGAGAAAGAGAUUGGAAAUGAUUUCAAGUCUUUGCGGAAAGUCUCCAGUCUUAUUGAGAAAAUUGCAGAAGAGAAGAGACAUCUGGAGGAGCAGGUUCUGACUGUCUCUUCUGAGGCCCCAAAACGAAUUCAGGCUGCCCUGAAAAAUGCCCAAAAUACCCAGUCCACUCUCUCUGCUCUGCUGAAAAGAGAAGCCACUGUGAGUGAAUCCAUCACCAAGCACCUGGAAGAUGCUACAUCAUGGAUGGAUGAUUUAGGGGCUCUAACAGACCAGAUCUAUGAAGUUGAGAGACACCUAUCUUACUUAAAAUGGAUCUCGCAUAUUGAAGAACUAAGUGAUAAUAUUCAGCAGCACCUAAUGACUAACAAUGUAGCAGAGGCGGCCAGUGCCCUGGUGUCUAUGACAGAACAGGCUAUAAAGCUACAGGGUUCAUCAUGCAUUCAUCUGUUGAAAUUUAUUACAUCUACAGUACAGUUCUGGCACAAAAUAUUAAAAGACAAGUUAACAAGUGACUUUGAAGAAGUAUUAAGUCAGCUACACUGGCCUUUUAUUGGUCCUCAUCAGCCACUGUCACCAGUUUCGUCGUCAUCGUCAGCUAGUGUAACAGAGAUCUAUGCUAGUUUGAAAACUCUCUUCACUCAGCUCCUAAAGCUUCAAAUUUCAGAUGAAUUGAUAAGUAAACCUAAGCAGAUGCCAGAAAAAUAUUCUCUUCCGUCAUCUCCUCCUAUCAUUCUCCCAAUUCAGAUUAUGUUAUCUCCUCUUCAGAAAAGGUUCCGCUAUCAUUUUACUGGAAACAGACAAACAAAUGUGUUAAGUAAGCCUGAGUGGUACCUUACCCAGGUUCUCAUGUGGAUUGGAAAUCAUACAAAAUUUUUAAAUGAGAAGAUUCAGCCAAUUCUGAAGAGUGCAGGAUCCAAUGUGAAUGCAAAGAUGGAGUUCACUCGAGGACUUGUCAUGUUGGUACUGGAGAAGUUGUCUGUUGACAUAUCUUGUCUGUUGUAUGACGAUGUCCUUUUCUGUCACCUUGUGGAUGAGGUGCUCCUGUUUCAAAGAGAACUCCACACAGCACAUGGAUAUCUAGGCAGCCUGCCAAACUGCAUGCACAUCCUUUCAGAGGACACCUUCUUUCAACGAUGGCUGACAGUGGAAAGGAAAUUGGCUCUAGAGAAGAUGGAUUCCAUGCUGUCAUCGGAGGCUGCCUGGUCCUCACAAUACAAGGAUAUCGCCGAUGUUGAUGAGAUGAAAUUUCCAGACUGUGCAGAGACUUUUAUGACUCUUCUGCUUGUGAUAACAGACAGAUAUAAGAACCUCCCCACAGCAGAAAAGAAACUCAAGUUUUUGGAGCUGCAGAAGGAUUUAGUUGAUGACUUCAGGAUCCGUUUAACACAAGUGAUGAAGGAAGAGAGCCGAGCUCUUCUUGGCUUUAAAUACUGUGCCAUUCUGAAUGCUGGCAAUUAUAUUGCAACUGUGCUUGGCGAUUGGGCUGACAACAUUUUCUUCUUACAGCUGCAGCAGGCGGCACUGGAGUUCUGCACUGAUAUGAAUUCUAGCAGUAAGCUACAACUCGGACAGCUGGCUUCUAUGGAAAUCUCCGUCUUUGAUGAUAUGAUUAAUCUCCUGGAGCGAUUAAAAAAUGAUAUGUUAUCACGUCUGGUAGAGCAUGUUUUCAGAGAAGUCAAAGAAGGUGCAAAGAUGUAUAAGAAAGAAAGAUGGCUAUCGUUGCCAUCACAAUCAGAACAAGCCGUGAUGUCAUUAUCCAGCUCAGCAUGUCCAAUGCUACUGACACUCAGGGACCGUCUUCUACAACUGGAACAACAGCUGUGUCAUACUUUAUUCAAAAGUGUUUGGCAGAUGCUUGCUGACAAGCUGGAUUUGUUCAUUUAUCAAGACGUCAUCUUGGCCAAUCAUUUUAACGAAGGAGGAGCAGCACAACUGCAGUUUGACAUGUCACGGAAUCUCUUUCCUUUAUUUUCCCAUUAUUGUAAAAGACCAGAGAAUUACUUUAAGCAUGUGAAAGAAGCCUGCAUUAUUCUGAAUCUUAGUGUGGGCUCUGCCCUGCUCCUGAAGGACGUGUUACAGUCUGCAGCACAGUUCAUGGAUAAAACCGCUACCAAUGACAAAGUGCCCUCUGCUACAGCAGCACUAAAUGAACUUGGAGUUUAUAAGCUGGCUCCUCAAGAUGUGGAAAUCCUUUUCAAUUUACGAACAAACUGGCCAAAUACUGGAAAAUAAUUCUUUCUCCAUCCAUACCUUUUCGAGCAUCAGUCAGAUUCUUCUGCAUUAGCCAUUUAUAAAUGGGUAAAAUGAUGGUGAAUGAACCAACUAUCAUUUAAGUAAGGCUACUUUCACAUCUGCGUUUUUUUUCUUUCCGGUAUUGAGAUCCGUCAUAGGAUUUCAAUACCAGAGGAAAACCG